AUGGCGUUCAGCGGCUCCGACCUCGAGGGGGACGAGUCAUGGGGCAUAUGGUAUGCCAAUACCAAGGCAAUGAACGGCGAAACAGUGCCACUUUUCCUUGCUGUGAUGCUCGAGGGUGAACUGGCCGCUGGCUGUGAAUACAAGGACCAGUCCGUCCAGGAAGUGACUGAAUUCCCGACCAAAGAGAAGGCCAAGGACAACGAGAGCGUGACCGAUGCACAGGUCUCCGGCACAUCCCUGGCCGCGCGAGUCAGAAAAGCACGCGGAGAUUUGAAGGAGAAGGUCGCGGCCUUCCUCGAGAAGGAGGCAGAGCGUCUCCGCGGCGUGGCUCCGGCCAACCUGGAGAUGUCUGCCGACGCCGACCAGCUCGAAGCAGAUAUUCAGAAGCUGCAGGUGACUGAAUUCCCGACCAAAGAGACGGCCAAGGACAACGAGAGCGUGACCGAUGCACAGGAAGUCACUCUCCGCGGCAUGCCUGCUGGAAGUACCAGACGCGAAUGGGGGCCCAAGGUUUGUCGUGUGGUGGCAUGGAGGCAGUGA